AUGGCCAGGUAUUAUAGGUCACAUCUCCGGUACGGGCUCGACCUAAUCGAACCUCCUUCCAUGGGGAUCUCGCCGUCGCCGAGUGACCGCGCCGCCGCUCCGGCUAGGCUGCUGCCGGUGCGGUACUACGUGCGGGACGUCUGGGAGAUAAAGCGGGAGGAGGACCCCGUCCACGACCCAGACUCGCCGCAGUCCCCGAGCCAGGUCGGCUAUGACGUGCCGCCGCUGGUGUUCCCCAACCCCUCCCCCUCCCCCUCCUGGCUGUCCCGCCGGACGGCGUUCGAGCGCCACCUCCCCGCCACCCACGACGAGCCGCCGCCACCGCCGCCGGAAGAACCGCCCGCGCGGCGCCCGGAGGAGGAAGACCCGGAUCUGUACUUCUGCCUCAAAGACCCCGACGACCCCGAGUUCGUGCGCCGGAGCCACGAGUUCCAGAGCAAGAGGUACGCCGUGCAUGCGCUGCGGGGCUACAACGCCGACCCCGGCAACGGCGUCAAGUACGAGCUGGUCGAGGGCAGCGCCAGUAGCAACAACAUCCUGCUCGACUGCGCCGAGAUCCUCGGCCACGUCGUCUUCACCGCCAGGCCUGUCGCCGCCGGCGGCGGGCGGGAUCAGACCUUCUUCGCCGAGGUUCACCCGCCGAACCAUGCCCUCGCCUGCAUGAUUUCAUUGGACGACGACGGUGACUGCUGCCGAGGGGCGGCUGCCGACGACGACGAGCUGUGCCAGUUCUGUCGACGAGAUCUCAGGCACCCGGAGGUGCAUCCGGAGCUAAGGAGACCACCUCGUGGGUCGUCGGCGAUGGAAACAAUCGAUGAACCAGUGCGCCCAACUAGCGGCCGUGGCCACGUCUCCUUUUAUUCCCGAGCGCUCGCUUCCUCCCGCCGCCUCCUUCUGUUCCUCUUCCUCUCCCUCGGCGUAGCCCCUCCACCUCCCUCCUUCUUUGACGGCGCCUGGUCCAGAUCGGGCUCAGGUCGUCGCGUGGUCCAGAUCGGGCUCAGGUCGUCUCCAUUGAGAGCAGGGGUGAACAGCUGGAAGCGGUGGGGAGAAGCGAGCGGCAGCCGGCAGGGAGAGGUGGAGAGCCACGACGGGGUGGACAGCGGGAAGCGGUGGGGAGAAGCGAGCGGCAGUCGACAAGGAGAGCCACGACGAUGGCCGGCGUCAGCUACCACUUCCUCCCCUCGUCGGUGCCGCGAGGCCGCUGAGCCCGCGCCCGAGCUUCCCGUCCGUGAGCGAUCGCUCCGCCCGCCGACCGUCCCCCGUCCGUGUGCUUCUUCUCGGGACGUCGACGCCACGGAGCUCGUCAAGUUCCCUCCUUACCUGCCAAUGCUUCCUCCUGCCUUGCCAGCCGCGUGUGUCCUCACCUUUGUUCAUCAAUUUGUGUGCAGCGUAAUGCUCCAGCAUGACCGCUUCGUGUGCUGCCUCGAGUCGCGCGGCCACUACGCUCGCGCCGAGGCGGAGGCAGCUGCCACUCUCGACGCCCUCCACUGCGCGCUCUCACCGGCGGCGUUCGCAAAGCCUUGUCACCGCGCUGCAAGUGUUGCCCCCCUCCUCCCCAAGGGCAAGGUGAAGAAAGGUGCCUGUGUGGUUCUUCUGCAGCUCGCAGCGAGGAUUGCUGUGUCCAACCUGCACAAUAAUGCCAAGAAGUCCUUCUUGGAGACGAUUAAGGACAUGUACCUGCACUACAGCGAGAGAUCUGGGCUGCUUCUUUGUGGCUUCCAAACUUGAAAUUUUUGUUUGGAAGUUAGUUUAGUUUUUUGUUGUGGAUUCACAUCUUCUCACAUGUACCAUCCUCUUAGACCUUUAGAUUUCCAAAAAAACUAAAUGAAGAUAUGGUGGUAUGGUCUCAAUAGUACAACUUAAA